AUGUCCUCCCUUCUUCCUAGUAACGUUGUUGUCUUUACUCAUGGCAGCGUUACAGCUUUACAGGUUGCGUCCCUGCAGCCGCCCCCGCCCCCGCCCCCGCCUCCACAGCCUCAACCCACAACCCGCCCCCACAGCCUCAACCCACAACCCGCCUCCACAGCCUCAACCCACAACCCGCCCCCACAGCCUCAACACACAACCCGCCUCCACAGCCUCAACACACAACCCGCCUCCACAGCCUCAACCCACAACCCGCCUCCACAGCCUCAACACACAACCCGCCUCCACAGCCUCAACACACAACCCGCCUCCACAGCCUCAACACACAACCCGCCUCCACAGCCUCAACCCACAACCCGCCUCCACAGCCUCAACCCACAACCCGCCUCCACAGCCUCAACACACAACCCGCCUCCACAGCCUCAACCCACAACCCGCCCCCACAGCCUCAACACACAACCCGCCUCCACAGCCUCAACCCACAACCCGCCUCCACAGCCUCAACCCACAACCCGCCUCCACAGCCUCAACCCACAACCCGCCUCCACAGCCUCAACACACAACCCGCCUCCACAGCCUCAACCCACAACCCGCCCCCACAGCCUCAACCCACAACCCGCCUCCACAGCCUCAACACACAACCCGCCUCCACAGCCUCAACACACAACCCGCCUCCACAGCCUCAACCCACAACCCGCCCCCACAGCCUCAACACACAACCCGCCUCCACAGCCUCAACACACAACCCGCCUCCACAGCCUCAACACACAACCCGCCUCCACAGCCUCAACCCACAACCCGCCCCCACAGCCUCAACCCACAACCCGCAACCCGCCCCCACAGCCUCAACCCACAACCCGCCUCCACAGCCUCAACCCACAACCCGCCCCCACAGCCUCAACCCACAACCCGCCCCCACAGCCUCAACCCACAACCCGCCCCCAGAGCCUCAACACACAACCCGCCCCCACAGCCUCAACACACAACCCGCCCCCAGAGCCUCAACCCACAACCCGCCCCCACAGCCUCAACCCACAACCCGCCCCCAGAGCCUCAACCCACAACCCGCCCCCAGAGCCUCAACCCACAACCCGCCUCCACAGCCUCAACACACAACCCGCCUCCACAGCCUCAACCCACAACCCGCCUCCACAGCCUCAACCCACAACCCGCCUCCACAGCCUCAACCCACAACCCGCCCCCACAGCCUCAACACACAACCCGCCUCCACAGCCUCAACCCACAACCCGCCCCCACAGCCUCAACAUACAACCCGCCUCCACAGCCUCAACACACAACCCGCCUCCACAGCCUCAACACACAACCCGCCUCCACAGCCUCAACCCACAACCCGCCUCCACAGCCUCAACACACAACCCGCCCCCACAGCCUCAACACACAACCCGCCCCCACAGCCUCAACCCACAACCCGCCUCCACAGCCUCAACCCACAACCCGCCCCCACAGCCUCAACCCACAACCCGCCUCCACAGCCUCAACCCACAACCCGCCUCCACAGCCUCAACACACAACCCGCCUCCACAGCCUCAACACACAACCCGCCCCCACAGCCUCAACACACAACCCGCCCCCACAGUCGAGGCUUGA